AAAUUUUGAGAAUUCGAGAAAUCUGAAUCUGUUGUUUUGGAUGUAUUGGUGCGAAUUGAUUAAAAAAAUAAACACACACGAAACCAGUGGGCCCACAGCGCGUAGCACUAGCCAGCGCUUGGCCAAGAUAAUACACGGAAGUACACGGCCCCUGUGUGGCACAAAAAAAGGUUUUCAAGAGCCGUUUUCGGAGCCAGGCGAGCCGCUGCUUACGAGCCCUACGAAGUGCUCGCACCGCUCCUUGCCGUCGUCAACGUCCGAUCAUAUCGGUGAGCAGAACAGCGCCCUCCUCUGACCCGCCCUCCCCGUGAAACGAAGCACACAAUGUGAGCGGUGGGCUGUGGGCAGUUCGGAAGUUUAUGCAAUGUUCUAGUUCUAGCCCACGAGACGGCGGCGGUGACGGGGAUACGGAGACGGAAACAGAGAAGGGAGCAAGGAGAGAGAGAGAGAGAGAGCAGAAGAGCGUCGUAUUGCCGUUGAUUACAUAUAUAAACAAAUAACACAUAGGUAUACCUACAAAUAGCGUGUGUGGAGCAGAGAGUAUCCAAAUGACUGUGACUAGCACAAACACAAUGGAGGCACCAGUCAAAGCAGGACAUCCACAUCAUCAUCAUCAGGGAUCAGGAGGAGGCGGUGGCGGCCAGCAGCUCGGCUCCAGCAAGUCUGUCGAAGGCGCCGGCAAGGAGCCGCUGGAAGAAGACGGUGUGGACGAUGAGAUGACCGUGCUGCUAGACAAUACAAACUUUCACUAUGACACGGCAUCCGAGAUAGACGAGGCCUUUGUGGAACUCAAGGAUGGUGAAGCAGAGGAACCGGCAGAUCGCGUUGCCGUUGCGGGAAGCUUCUACAACGAGCCCGAGCUGCUCGAAGAGCAUCCACAUCCUCAGGUCACUUGGCUGGAUGACGACGAGAUCGAGACACUGGAUCGCGUCACCCUGGACAUGGGCAAUGUGUUCUUCAAUCGCGUCGACAGCCAGGACAUAAUCUAUCAGCAGAAGAAAAAGAACAUCAAAAUGGUCGGCAAGUACAUAAUGGGCGAUGUUCUCGGAGAGGGUUCGUACGGGAAAGUGAAGGAGGCCAUGAACUCGGAGGAUCUGUGCCGCCUCGCCGUCAAGAUACUCACGAAGCGCAAGCUGCGACGCAUCCCCAACGGCGAGCAGAACGUAACGCGAGAGAUCCACCUGCUGAAGCAGCUGAAACACCCCAACAUUGUGGAGCUUGUGGAUGUUCUCUACAACGAGGAGAAGCAGAAAAUGUAUUUGGUGAUGGAGUACUGCGUGGGCGGACUGCAGGAAAUGGUGGACUAUCAGCCCGACAAAAAGAUGCCAUUAUUCCAGGCGCACGGCUACUUCCACCAGCUGGUCGAUGGCCUGGAGUAUCUGCACAGCUGCCGCGUUAUACACAAGGACAUAAAGCCGGGUAACCUACUGCUGUCUCUGGAUCAAACACUAAAGAUAUCGGACUUUGGCGUGGCAGAGCAAUUGGAUCUGUUUUCGCCGGACGACACAUGCACAACGGGCCAGGGCUCGCCAGCAUUUCAACCGCCAGAGAUUGCCAAUGGCCACGAAACAUUCGCUGGCUUCAAAGUGGACAUCUGGAGCAGUGGAGUUACACUCUUCAACUUGGCUACCGGCCAGUAUCCGUUCGAGGGCGAUAAUAUCUAUCGCCUGCUGGAGAAUAUUGGACGCGCGCAGUGGGUGGCGCCCGACUGGCUCUACGAGCUGGACCCAGACUUUGCCAAACUAAUUUUAGGCAUGCUGCAAGCAGAUCCCAGUGACCGCCUCUCGCUGCAGCAGAUACGCAAGGAAACCUGGUUCAUUGCCGCACCGACGGUCACCGGCCCACCGAUACCCAUUCCUCCAUUAAAAGGCGACAAAUACCGAUGUUCCACAGUACUGCCUUACCUGGAAGCCUAUCACUAUGGCAGCGAGCACGACCAGGAAGAUGUCUAUUUCACAGAGCACGAUGUCAAUCAGGAGCUGGCGCGACAAGCUGCAGCGGCCGCGUCUGAGAUACGAGCAAAACAGUCAGCGGCAGCCCAUGCUGCCUGCCACCCGUACGAGCAUCCCUCCACAAGUGCCGCUGCAGCAGCAGCAGCAUCGGCCAAUGGCAACAGAGACGAGAUGCCGCCCAAGAAGAAAGGAUCGGCGCUGAAGCGUCGCGCAAAGAAGCUAACCUCCUGCAUCUCGGUGCGCAAGCUGAGCCAUUGCCGCACCUCGUAGGCUGGCCACGCGAAGAACCUUAACCUAGCUGCUAAUUGUAAAAGAAAGCAUAACUUCUCGUUAACAAAUUGUGAGCAACAUUUUGGUUUUGUUUUACCCCAUUUUUUUCGCGUUUUUUGUUUAUGUCCUACUACAUUCGCCGAGUAUUUUGUAGCUAUAGAAGAAAGUAGGCAUGCUAGAGGACCCCAGCAGCAGCAGCGGCAGCGGCAGCAACGCCACCAGCAGAGACUCAAAGUCAUCUGUUGUGCGGCAGUCGCAAGCCGAGAGUUAUACAUAUAUCCAUGUGACAAUACUGUGUAUUAUAUGAAUCAAAUGAAUGAGUAAAUUAGUCGUUACUACUGAUGUACUGA